AGAAGAAGAAGAAGAAGAAGAGUGGUCAAAGAACUAGAGACUCAGCGCCCAGUUUUCAACAAUGAAGAUUACUUUGCUGAUGUUUCUCCUAUAAGAGCCACAUCCUCCUGUAAGAGUUUGGUCCGCGGGCAGGCACCUGAGAUGCCUCUAGUGAAGAAAAAGAAAAAGAAAAGCAUCAGCACGCUUUGUGAGGAGCAAGUAGAAUCUGAGACCAUGCCGCGUGCCAGGCGGACGGAGAAGUCAUGCAGCCCCAGGAAGCAGGUACUUGGCCACCUAGAGUUCCUCAGUAGAGAGAAGAAAAAGAAGAAGUCACCUCUGGCCAUGUCCCAUGCCUCUGGGCUGAAAACCUCCCCAGACCCCAGACAGGGUAAGGAGGAAACCAGAUUUGGCAAGAAGUUCAAAAAACACAAGAAGGAAAAAAAGGGGGCCCAGGACCCCACAGUCCAGGACCCUUGGGUCUGUGAAGCCGGGGAUGCUGGGGACACUUGCUCAGUGGGGAAGGAGGGUGAGGAACAGGCAGCUGUGGGGCAGAAACGGAAGCAGAAGAGCCCCAGGGAACACAGUGAGAAAGUGAAGAAGAAAAAAAAAGUCCACCAGGAGGGAGAGGCCCUCCCAGGCCACUCUCAGCCCCCCAGGUCCAUGGAGAGCAGCCCUAGGAAAGGAAGGAAAAAGAAGCCAGUCAAAGUUGAGGCUCCGGAAUACAUCCCCAUAGGAGAUGGCCCGAAGGCCCCCGUGAAGAAAAAGAUGAAGUCCAAGAAGAAGGCAGAGCAUCCAGUCAUCGAGGAGCCAGCUCUGAAAAGGAAGAAAAAGAAGAGCACAGAGAGUGGGGUAGCAGGAGACCCUGGGAAGGAGGAUGCAGACACGGACUUAGAGGUGGUGUUGGAAAAGAAAGGCAACAUGGAUGAGGCGCACAUAGACCAGGUGAGGCGAAAGGCCUUGCAGGAAGAGAUUGAUCGAGAGUCAGGCAAAACUGAAGCUUCUGAAACCAGGAAGUUGAUGGGAACCCAGUUUGGCCAGUGGGAUACUGCUAGUUUUGAGAACGAGGAACAGAAACUGAAAUUUCUGAAACUUAUGGGUGGCUUCAAAAACCUGUCCACCUCGUUCAGCCGUCCCCCAAGCACCACUGCAAGGCCCAACAUGGCCCUCAGCAAGAAGGCAGCAGACAGCUUGCCGCAGAACCUGCAGCAGGACUAUGACCGGGCCAUGAGCUGGAAGUACAGCCGAGGAGCCGGCCUCGGCUUUUCCACCGCCCCCAACAAGAUCUUUUACAUUGACAGGAAUGCCUCCAGGUCAGUCAAGCUGGAAGAUUAACCUUUAGAGUUUCGUCCCCCCAAAACUGUCACAAUCACUUUGAUUAUCCCAUUUAUGGUGGAGGUUACAAAUUAGUGUGUGAAAAAUCAGAUCUUGGUGAUGACCUUGAGCAGUAGGAUAUAAAUAACUCCCAUAAGCUUAGCGUUCCAGUAAUGGAACACUAGGCAUAAAUGGGUUAUUUAGUUUUGCAGAUGAAAGCCAUCUGACACUUGGCUCACACUGAACGCCAGAGGAGAUUAAGGACAAGGACACCUAUCUUAAUGGGCUUGGAUGAACUGGGGUAGGGCAGCUCAUGUUUCCGGAGCCAGGAGAACGAGUGAGUGGUUUUAUCCUCCUGGUUUCUGUGUUAAACUUUCUGUUCCUUUUUGAGACAUCAGGUGUGUACAGAUAACCUUUGUUGAGUGUUUAGCAGGUGCUAGGCGCAUACUGGUGUUUUCCUUAAUGUAUUUAAUCUUCAUAAUGAUGAAAUGGGUGCUAUGACUGUCCCCAUCUUAUAGAUGAGGCAACUGAGGUUCAGGGCUAAAGUAAUAAAAUUGUCUGAGGUCAUCCAGCCACUAAGUGCAGGGUGUUGUACCCGGAAGCCCUAAGUUCACUGUUUGCCACUCUCAAUGUCUCCUCUCAGGCAUUUCACCAGAAUCCUCCUUGGGGAUUGAAAUGUCUUCAGAUUGAG